CCUAUCGUCAACUUAUCAUUAAGUUUCUCAACGAAUGCGAACACACUUUUACGCUCCGACCAAGCUUGUUUCUAUCAUUGGCGGGCCCUCUCAAGCUUUCUGAGUACCUCGAAGCUCACAAUUCUGUUCAUCCGUGGACAGCAAACGCCCACCAGAACAUCCAGAAUGAACGAGAUCCUCCGUUUCCGUCGUGUAGCCACGACUGCUAUACACGCAUCGGUCAAAUCCAUCUUUAUGGUAGUCCUCAUUCUCUGCGUUGUGUAUCCGACAACAACCGUUCUCAGUUUCACUCGAGCUCUUUCGGCAGAAGCAAACCUCCCUUCUGUUGAUAGCAACUACGAACAACACAAGGAUGUCCACAGUGUUAAUGUAGAUAUGUAUAAGGGCAAAAAUAUACUCGCAGCGCAAGCUAAGAUGAUGGUCGAGCUUGUACCACACGCUCGUCGAGACACAGAGUCAACUUUUGCUGAUUACGACCGUGAUACCAAGCACGGUAAGCACGGCAAGCAUGGACGCUCUGGUUCUGAGGAGUCGAACAAUGCUCCGGUCUUAGAGCUUGUACCACACGUUCGCCGAGACACAGAGUCAAUUAUAAACGAUUAUCUUAUUGCGAGCAAGCACGGCAAGCACGGACGUUCUGGUUUUGAGAAUUCGAACAAUACUCCGGUCUUAGAGCAUGUCCGUGUUCCAGACGCUGCAAGGGACAAGAUUCCGAGGAAUCCGACGGACCUAAAAACUAGAGUCGACCAUCACGAGGGCAUUGCAGCUUCUUCCGAUAUCUAUGUUAGAAUUGCUCAAGCCUCUGGAGGAGGUUGGGGUCGUCAAAAGCCAAAACCGAAACCAAAACCAAAGGACAAGAACCCACCCCCUGAAGCAAUCGUCAAGAAGGAUAAUUCGGAGCAUCGACCAAGAACCAAACUUGACGAAGAUACGAGAGAAUCUUCGAGAGCCAUCCCUAAACGUGGAGGAGUGCGUAAUUGUGAUGGCGGGAGGAGGAAAUGCAUCCAUAGACCAUUCUUCGGCCCCCCGGCUGCUGCAGUAAUGGCUCGAGAAGACAAAGCAAAGCAUGCUGCUCCUCAUCUCGACGAUUGUUCAAAAGGCAACCAUUCUCCAUCAUGCAUUGAUAAAGGCAACAACCUGCUAGCAAUGAAUCUUCCUGUUGCUCUGCACGAGACGGGAUCAGAAAUUCCAAGUGUCAUGUCUCGAAAGAUUCCGUGUCACCGCUGCUCACCAAUUGGUUCUGGAGUUGGCGACCAUUCAACGGAGGCAUACGAAGCUAGAGGAUACCGCAGCAAUCCAACCAUGCGGGAGAGGCAAGAAGCAGUGUCAGAUCUCUCUUCUGGAACCUCGUCCGAAACGCAAAAGACAAAUAAUUCGGCCAUAGCUGACGUUAUGAGUUAUCUCCAAUCUCACAAUUCGACCAUGAUGAGUGCCGGAAACAGUACGAACAAUGCAACUCUUCCCGAUAAUGGCAACAAUAAAUCCGAAGAUAAUGCAACAAGAGGGGUCUUUUAUAUCGUUCUAUCGGUCGCUGGUUUCUGCAUGGUGUUGCUUGGCUUGAUAUAUUUGCGUCAUGCGUGUAUCCAACGACGAAGGUGGAAAUCGCUUGCUGAAAGAAAGACUACUUAUCCAUACAAGCCUGAGGCCUCACAGAUCGAGUCCCUUCCAAGGACUCGAUUACAUGGCAGCAGUCGAAUGAAGAGAAUCGAUGAGGAGGUUGCUGAGGAGCCUGCAUCUACCCAACCCAUGGCUCUCGAUGGGGCGAGUGAUGGCUGGACCAGAUGGCUCUUACAAAAGCGAGAUACUCGGAAGCCCAUACAGAUGUCUCCAACACCGAAGAUUCGCCCUCCUCGCAUUCCGACUUUGAGAUUACCUCAGCCAACCUUCUCUACUGUCCGCAAGGCAAAUGGCAUUAAAACAGAAACAAGUAUGGGCCACGAUACUUUCAAGGCCAAAGGACGAGAUGGGUCAAAGACGAAGGGAACUUCUAUGGUGUAGGAUCCAAGGAAGGGAGUUUUGUACCGUCAUCGAGGGUUUUUCUCGGAUUAGGGUUUGAAUAAGUAUUGUUAUUGCGCUGCACAGCAGUUAUGGUUGUACAUUACAAUCAGGUUUCUUGUCAGGCUUGCAUGCCGGUAGACGGCGAAGCGACUUGUGAAGACUCGGCAUAGGUUAGUUGCGUCUGUAAUUGCCUGCAUUGUCU